AUGCCACGGCUUACCCACACUUCUAGCGAUGGAGAAGAGUCGGUGAUAACGAGUUUUCUAUGCUCGGUAGAAAUCCUUAAGGAGGAUAUUAGUGAGGUAGAUGUGGUGCGUAAGUUUAAGGAUGUAUUUCCGGAGAUACCUAGACCUCCACCUCAACGGGUAGUAGAAUUUCACAUUGACCUAGUGCCGGGAACUGCACCGAUUUCUAAAGCGGCAUACAGAAUGGCGCCUAAAGAGCUUGUGAAAAUGAAGAAACAGUUGGAAGAGAUGCUUCAAAAAGGGUUCAUACGUUCAAGUAACUCCCCAUGGAGAGCACCUGCGAUCUUUGUCUCCAAGAAAGAUGGCACUCUCCAUGGGAGACUGCGAUUCAAGGGCAGGUUGUGCGCACCUAACAUAGUUGAAUUGAGGAAAGAGAUUAUGGAUGAUGCUUAUAGGACCCGAUAUAUUAUUCACCCUAGCGAGACUAAGAUGUAUCAUGACCUAAAGAGGACGUUUUGGUGUGAAGGUAUGAAGAAGGACGUAGGAGAGUAUGUUUCUUCAUAUUAUGUGUGCCAACAGGUUAAGGCAAAACACCAACGACCGUUUGGAUUUUUGCAGUCUCUUGAGAUCCCUACUUGGAAAUAG